GUUCAGCAAGAACUCCGCCCGCCUCUUCCUCGUGCCUGCAGCUGCGUCAGUCAUAUGACAGAGGUUCCUGCUUUCUCAAAAAAAAAGUGUUUUAAAGGGGAAAGGCGGAUGCGCUUGUAAUUUAGGACCAUGAAGCUGAUCAUCCUGAAUGAUUAUGACCAAGUUGGUGAGUGGGCUGCCAAGUACAUCAGGAAUAAAAUCCUUCGCUUCAACCCUGGACCAGACAGAUUCUUCAUUCUAGGACUCCCCACAGGAGGUACCCCUCUGGGAUGCUAUAAGAAGCUGAUUGAGUUUUAUAAGAAAGGAGAGAUCUCUUUCAAGUAUGUCAAAACGUUCAACAUGGACGAGUAUGUGGGUAUUGCUCGGAAUCACCCAGAGAGCUACCAUUCCUUCAUGUGGAAUAAUCUCUUCAAGCACAUUGACAUCAAAUCUGAGAACACCCAUAUCCUGGAUGGCAACGCUGCCAACCUUGUAGAGGAGUGUGAUUCCUUUGAGGAGAAGAUCAAAGCAGCUGGAGGAAUUGACCUCUUUGUUGGAGGUAUUGGACCGGAUGGCCACAUUGCCUUCAACGAGCCAGGCUCCAGUCUAUUGUCCAGGACCAGAGUGAAGACCCUGGCUCAGGACACCAUCCUGGCCAACGCACGCUUCUUUGAGGGAGAUCUGUCUAAAGUACCCACCAUGGCUCUGACUGUGGGAGUGGCCACUGUCAUGGAUGCCAGAGAGGUCAUGAUUCUAAUCACGGGAGCACACAAAGCGUUUGCCCUUUACAAGGCCAUAGAGGAAGGGGUGAACCACAUGUGGACGGUGUCGGCCUUUCAGCAGCACCCUCAGACUGUGUUUGUGUGUGACGAGGAUGCUACCCUGGAACUGAGGGUUAAAACUGUCAAGUACUUCCAAGGGAUGAUGCAUGUGCACAACAAGUUGGUGGAUCCACUGCCUCCCAAGUAAGACAAGGGCGUUG